AAAAUCCCCAUGAUAACUACAAAUGUCAAAUUUGUCAGAUGAACGUGCGGCGAAAUCCUAGAUAUAUAUGUGUAUUCUAUGAUAGUUCUCCGCAAAAAUGGGAAUUUUAGAAAAAAUAUCUGAAAUUGAAAAAGAGAUUGCGAGAACACAAAAAAAUAAAGCUACCGAGUACCAUUUAGGAUUGCUUAAAGCAAAAUUAGCAAAAUACAGAUCACAACUUCUUGAACCCUCCAAAAAAGCCGGCGAAAAGGGUGAAGGAUUCGAUGUACUCAAAAGUGGUGACGCCAGAGUGGCCUUAAUUGGCUUCCCAUCUGUUGGAAAGUCCACAUUAUUGUCAACACUUACAAAAACAGAGAGUGAGGCUGCUUCAUAUGAAUUCACAACAUUGACAUGCAUACCUGGUGUAAUAGAGUAUAAUGGUGCUAACAUCCAGUUGCUUGAUUUACCUGGAAUUAUCGAAGGUGCUGCCCAAGGAAAGGGUAGAGGUAGGCAGGUUAUAGCAGUAGCCAGGACGGCAGAUUUAGUCCUCAUGAUGCUGGAUGCCACCAAGAAAGAUGUGCACAGGGACUUGCUGGAGAAAGAAUUGGAGAGUGUUGGCAUCAGACUAAACAAAAAGAAGCCCAAUAUUUACUACAAGGUCAAAAAGGGAGGCGGAAUUUCGUUUAAUUCAACAUGUCCCCUGACGAAAAUUGAUGAGAAAUUGGUACAAAUGAUCUUGCACGAAUAUAAAAUAUUCAACGCGGAAGUUUUAUUCCGUGAAGAUUGUACGGCCGACGAACUCAUUGAUGUCAUCUGCGCAAAUAGGGUUUACUUACCCUGCCUCUAUGUCUAUAAUAAAAUUGAUCAGAUUUCUAUGGAAGAAGUUAAUAGAAUUGCACGACAGCCUAAUAGUGUAGUUGUAAGUUGUAAUAUGAAGCUGAACCUUGACUACCUCUUAAGUACUUUAUGGGAAUACUUAAGUUUAAUAAGAGUAUACACUAAAAAGCCUGGCCAACCUCCAGAUUUCUCUGAUGGGUUGAUUUUGAGAAGAGGUGUUACAGUUGAACAUGUUUGUCACGCAAUUCACAGGACUCUUGCAGAGCAAUUUAAAUAUGCCUUAGUUUGGGGUACAAGCACUAAAUAUUCACCUCAGAGAGUUGGAGCUCAACAUUUAAUGCAUGAUGAAGAUGUUAUUCAAGUCGUUAAGAAGUGAUAUAACUUGUGCUUUAUGAUCUGUUUGUAAAAAUACAACUGUCAAAAUCAAGGGAAUUUCCAUUUUUACUUGUUUAUUUUUGGGAUGGCGCCGUCAGUAAAAUCAUGUAUAUUUCACAAUAAAUAAUUUUUACAUAAGA